AUACCGCAUGACUUUACCGCGGAGAGGGCUCGCUCUACAACCCACAGCUUCAGUCGGAGAAGUGAUGAAAACAACGGCUUCAGCUCCUGGUUCCGAUUUUCUUCCAUAUCAGUCGCAUUAGCUGGGGCCGAUGACGAGUCUCCCGACAGUGAAGGUGAUGUGACUGAAAGGACACCGUUGGCUGAGAAAUUCCCAGAGAGAGAGUCGGCAUUCUUCCUUCAAGCUUCAAAUGACGCUUGUACAACAUCUGUGUGUUUCGGUGCAGGUCCAGGGGUGAAAAAAAGGAUGCAUGAUUUGGUAAAGAGCCAGGGAUGGACAGAUAUUGGCAUCAACCCGUAUAUCCUGUUCGACGUCGCUCUGGAGGGGCUGCACGAAGAAGUCGACGACACAGCACUGAGAAUCGAGGAGGAAUUUACGUCACUGGAACAGGUGCAGUGUGAGAGUUCAGGCGCCAGAGCACCACUUGGGGAACUGUACACCUUCGAGAGACAUGUAACAGAGCUCUCAAGAGCCCUCGAGUCUGUUGUAAUGAUCAACGAGGGCGUUCUUAUGAACGCUAGGAUCCCCUCAACAACAACUUCUGUCGCCCAAUCACAAUCUUCCGAAGGAAGCACCGACAGUGAUCGGCGACCACUUGUUGACUUACAGCUGAAAGAAUGCCUCGAUUACCGCCACACACUUUUCCGCUCAACUCAGCUAAGGCUCUCCCACCUUCAGAAACGAAUUGAAGCCGCCACUGCCCUGGCAUCCAACUUAGUGUCGCAACAGCAGUCAGCAGCGGUGAUACAGGGCCCAGUUUCGAUGAAGCUCAUUGCGGCUUCGAUCUUGAUAUUCUUGCCCACGAUUACUGUUGCAACUAUCGCAGGAUCACGGCUGUUACUUUCUGAACAAUUAGAUGAGGAUGGUUCAUGGGAUGUCAGCGCAACACCAUUGUUCUAUCUGCUGUGGUAUAUCUCAAUACCACUGACACUCGCGGUGGUUGUCGUAUCGUUUUGCUGG